AUGAAGUUGGAAUAUGCGAUGAUUGGACUUUAUUUAAUAAUAUUUAUGGAUACAAAAACUAAUAAGUUUUAGAAGGAUGGUUUAAAAACAAUGAAUAUUUUAAUGGAAAGGCAAGCUGUGGAAGUAAUAUUUUAUUUAUUAUAAUUUAGGUUUACAAUUUUAAGGGCCAUAUGCUAAUUAAGAUAUAAUUUAAUAUCAUUCAUUUAUCCCAAAUACUCAUUCAAAAAUCAGAUUAAGAUUCAAGCUAAUUGUUGUUGGAGAUUAAUUGUUAUAUUAUUAGAAAAUAUAAUUAAAUGAUUAGGAAAAUAAUUCAGAAAUUUUUAAUUUUAAUUUCUGGCCUGAAAAUUUGA